AUGUUGCUUGUCAUCGCGCUGGCCCUCGUGGGCUGGACCCUGUACAGCGUCGUCUGUCUCGUCGGCAACAUCCGCCGCAUCCAGAAAAUCGGCAUUCCUUACCACGUCAUUCCCUGCAGUCCCGUCAAUCCGCUCUGGAUCCUGCUCGAGCCGGUCAUCUUCUUUAUUCUCGGGCUCCUCCCGUUUGAAUUCGGUCGCAUCACUCACUAUGGCCGCCGCACCUGGCAGUUUACCGACAAGGCCCAGUCGCAUAUGCGAAUGGGCGAUGCGUGGGCGAUCGCAACCCCCAAUGAGGUGUUUGUCUACAUCUGCGACGCGGACGCCAUUACAGACAUCAUCGCGCGUCGCGCAGAUUUCGUGCGCCCAAUUGAGCUCUUCACACUGCUAAAUGUGUUCGGUCCAAAUGUUGCCACGACCGAGGGCGCGGACUGGCAGCGCCACCGCAAGAUCGUCGCCGCUCCCUUUAACGAAAGCCUGAACAGCUUCGUCUGGCGCGAGGCCCUCACCCAGGCACGGAGCAUGCUUGCCUCGCGAACCACGGCGGGACCAUCUGGAGGACUGGGAACCGACACACGCACUCUGGCCCUCAAUGUUCUCGCAGCGACCGGCUUCAAACGGUCAACGCGCUUCCAGAGCGCCCAAGAAGCGCAGUCGGAGGAUCCCCGCUCCUAUGCGCAGUCGCUGAAGACCGUCAUGCUCAACACGUUUGUCAUCAUGCUGGUUCCCCCCACCGUGCUCAAACUACCCAUCUUUCCCAGCUGGUGUCGUAGCGCCGGUCAGGCCGUCGAGGAUUUCAAGCAACACAUGCUCAACAUGUUCAACACGGAGAAAGCGCUCCUCGAUCAAGGCCAGCCAGGCACCGGCACGCUGAUGUCUUCCUUCGUCCGCGAAUCCACGGUCGAUCCCAAGAGCAAUAAGACCGUCCUGACCAUCGACGAAAUCCUGGGCAACAUCUACGUGAUCAACUUCGCCGGCCAUGAUACGACUGCCGGUUCCCUGACCUACGUCCUUUUCUUGCUUGCCGCAUACCCCCAUAUUCAGGACUGGAUCGCCGAGGAGAUCCGCACCGUCUUCCCCAACCCCGACCGUGACACAUGGGAUUAUAAGGAGGCCUUCCCCCGACUCAAGCGCUGUCUAGCAGUGGUGCUCGAAACCGUCCGUCUCUACCCACCUAUCCUCGCCCUACCCAAAUCCGUCGCACCCCCAACAACCAGCCUCCGCCUCCCUGAAAGCAACCGCACCAUCGUCCUCCCCAAGGGCACCGUGGUCCUCCCCAGCCUGCUCGCCGCCCAGACACACCCGAAGUACUGGCCCGACGAACCUACCACCUGGAACCCCCGCCGGUGGGUCGAGACCCCCACACCAAGCGGCGAGGCCGCCACUACACGGGAGGAGCAGCUGGCGCGCGAAGAGAUCAUGGAACCCCGGGCGGGAGCGUACUUCCCCUGGUCGGCGGGCGUGCAGAACUGCGCCGGACGCAAGUUCGCGCAGGUGGAGAUCGUAGCGGCCAUGGCGGCGCUGUUCCGCGAGUAUCGGAUGCGGCCGGUGCUGCUGGACGGAGAGGACUUUGAGAAGGCGCAGGCGCGGAUCUUGAAGUCGACGAAUGAUAGUUAUCAGUUGCUGGUUAUGCAGAUGCGCGAUCCGGAUAGUACGCAGUUUGUUUGGGAGAAGGUGGAGUGAGUACCAUACUUGGAUUUGGUGGGAUUGUAGGUGUAUGAGCCUGUUAUGU